UACAGCGCUACAUUUACAAUAUUCAACUUCACUCCACAGUCGCCAGUUGAAGGAUGCAAACAAGGUGAUGAUAUUGUUUUUUGAGUUUUCUCGUCCUGAUACAAUUGAAUUCGCACAAGCCGCAAAGGUUCAGCAGAAGUCGUCUAGGAUAACUACGUGGGCUUGCUUUUCUCGAUCUGCUCGUCAGGUCUAUAGCAAACCUGAUGACCAGAUGUCGUGUGAACCAUCAUCCUCUUAGAAUUUCCCUCUGGACAGCUCAAUGUUAGAUAUGUUGCAAAUGUUAACAACAAAAUUAGAACAUGGGCUGAAUAUUUCUUGCCUGGACUUCAUGCCAGUGUACCCACUUUUAUGACAUGCAGCAAAUUCCAGCCUUCAAUGUCCCACUCAGUCUCAGCAACAUAUGUUUGAGCUUAAAUGGCGUUGCACAAAACCAACGCUUAGUUCCUUGUCUUGAAUCUCGUCUACAGAUUCGAAGGGCAAGCUCAGAAAAGUUAAGACAUGAGUCCACGCGCAGGAACUUGCAUCCAGUGGUUUCACCGUGAAAGUUCAAUCAUCAACUAAAGACGUGCUCACGAUCCACCAGCUGCAAGAGCACAACGGCUAUCACUGAAGCGUUGCAUGUCGUCUAUAAGACAGAGGCCUUAGCGUCUUUCUCUCCUAAAAUAGUAGACCAUUUCACCCUCCAAAUCUUUCAGGAGAGGGCGACCCAGAGGCCCAUGUUUGCUUGACUGAGCGACGCGAUGCUCGAAGACCCUAAAUGCACAUUAGAAAUGUAAAACAUUCGACGGUCCUAUCGAAUCGCAAACACGUGUCAAGUAUGUUCAAGACGAAGCUUCAGAUUUCCCUCUUCUAGAAUAGUGAAUUUCAUUUCGAGUUUCUCUGAAGAAAUACACACGAGGCCAAGGAGUACUCAGGGUGGCCGUUGGAAGUAUCACACCAAUCGGACGAAAAGAAUCACACCACUUUUCACUAAAGUUACCUUUUACUGUUUAACUUUUUUUUUGAAGGAGGAGGUUGCCAGUUGGGACAUGAACCUCGGAACUUCCACGAGAGGAUACACAUGUUGAAGGAAUCAUCCCGAUUCACUUCUGGUCAUCAGACACUGCAAGAUUUGGAGUUGGAGGACGACAUAGGGCUGCGAGUUUGCGAGGAUUGGAGUGAAUAUCUUAUUCAUGCACUUGUUGAUCUGUUGUGAUUCUUAGCGGCAUGCAGCUGAACUCUACAGAGGUUUAUGGGUCCUGGAUUGGGAAUAUCGAUGUUUGGUAGUUGCUUUGUAUCAGUCCUCUUUGAGUGUGUCUCGUUCUAGGGCUAGGAGUUAGGACAACUUUUGUGGGGUUUGAUCACUAGGGAUUUAGAGAUUCAUUGCGUGGAUUCUUCGAUUUGUGUUUUCGUGAGACGAACCAGGAGAGUUGCGUGAUCAAUCAAUUUGUGAAUGCUAGGUCCUAUUCGUCACAGAGACUUGGUACUAUAACUUGGAAUUCGUUCAGUAGGAGUGAGGUGAGGGAAAGGUUGCUGGAGGUGAUGUCAGGGGGUCCCGAGAGUUUGGUGGAGAGGGGAAUGGAGAAGGAGCCUCCGACCAAGGCAGGUGCAGGUGAAGCUGUGCUGCUGGGAGCUUUGGCGAAAGGUGUUAAUGCACCGACAUGGACGUUUUUGCGGAUAGUCUUGAUGUCCCUCUGUGCAUCUCUCUUGUGCAUGCUUGCGGUAGCGAGCAACAUUUCAGGUUUUGGACCGUUAUUACAUGUGUUUGUGCUCAUACUGGUCGCCAUCACGCUCUUUCUCCUCCUUAAUUGGUUCAUAUCAGAGAUAGGUAUAGUUCCUGUUGAGGAGCAAAUGGCAGAACUAAACUUGACUGAUUCUGACAUUGGUCAUUCCGAUGCACAUCUGGAUUAAGAAGGCACUUUGAGAAAAGAAGACCAUAGGUUACAGUGUACAGUAUCAGACAAAUUGAGUGGAGAUGCCAAGAUGCCAAGAUUUAGUCGUCCCAUAAUCCUGUUUAAAUAUUAAUUGACCCUUGGGCUUUCUCCUUCUAGAACCGGGAACAUUAAUGGAAUACGGUGGGAGGUGGAAGUAAAUGACUAACCAUGUCAGUAUUUCAGUCGAUAUGAGUAAAUCAUUGCACUUGAGCAGCAUUCCGAACUUUAAGUGUACUCUUGCUAUA